UCAGUAUAAAAACCUGGUGACAAUGUCCACUCAGCAUCAGUCCCACAGAUCUAAUCUUCCAGUAAAGUUCUGAAAACAUCUUGAAAAAUCUUUCAACAUGAAACUCACACUUGCCCUGCUGGUUGUUUGCUGCCUGGCCGCUCUGGCUACUGCUGCUCCUCACGCCGGCCAGGAAGAGGAAGGUGCUCCCGAACCGGCACCACCGGCCGGAACUGACGCUCCGGUUGAGCCCCCGGCGACCGAACCAGCAGCCACCGAGGAACCAUGUGACCACGGUCCCGAAGACGCUCCCCAACCGGACGCACCAGCUGCCCUUGUUUCGUUUUGAUGUGUUAUUCGAAAAAUGUGAAUGGAUUUUUAAUAUAAAUGUAGAAUAAAUUCAGCAAUCAAUCAAAA